AUGGUUCUUUAUGGUUGUCAAGGUGCUCCCUCACUGCCCCAGGAGGAAGGCUGGGCAGGCAUCAUGAUUGUAAUUGCAGAAUGGAAACCAGAGCUCAGAGAGGCUGAGAGACUUGUCCAAAGUCACAUUAAGAGGUGCCCCACAGGUUUGGGGCAGAGGCAAAGGUUUCCUAUGGAGAGGCAGAUGGGGAGAACUCUGGGCUCUUGGUGGACAACCCUGAAAUGGUUUGAGAGAUGGAAACUCCAGUCAGGAAGAAAGGCUGGCAUUCCAGGGAAUAAUCCCCUAGAGAGGAGAGGGCACUGGCUCAGGGGAUAG